AACUAUUAAUUGACCGCCGAAUUAAAUUGGGAAGGUGGUUAGCGUUGCAAGAGGAAUUUUGAUUCUUCUUCCCUGGGAUUUCAGUCCUGCAGGCAACCGAAAGCUCCGGUUUGUAAAUUCGGGGGAGAGCUGCUGGUGCAGACGGAGCUGGAAAAAGGGCAUAGGAACAUUGAAAGGAGUGGAAAUUUGGGCAAUUGCGGAGUUAACGUUAAAUAUUUUUCAGGUGCCAGACCAGCCCACUUCAAGGCAGGAGAAUGGCUGCACUCAGGAAAAAAAGAGGCAGAGGAGCCACGACAGGUAUAAAGGAACCUGCUUUGAAAGUAGAAAAAUCUGAAAUCAAGGAAAGCCAAGAACCCAGGUCAUCACGAGUCAAAGUGAAAAGUUUUGCUUCGAGUAACACUGGAGACAAACCCAAAGGAGAAGCCCAGGCUGAAAAAGUGGGGAGCAAGAAGGUCUACACGCAUUGGCUUAUGAAAUCUGAGCCAGAGAGCAGGUUUGAGAAGGGAGUGGAUGUCAAAUUUGGCAUUGAAGACCUAAAAGCUCAACCCAAUCAAACGGCAAGCUGGGAUGGAGUCAGGAACUAUCAGGCCCGGAAUUUCCUGAGGGAUAUGAAAGUGGGCCAGGAGGCGUUCUUCUACCACAGUAAUUGUAAGGCCCCUGGGAUCGCUGGGAUCGUCAAGAUUGUGAAGGAGGCCUAUCCGGAUGACACCCAGUUUGAUAAAAAGAGUCCCCAUUACGAUGCUUCCAGUACCAAAGAGAAACCCAAGUGGUCGAUGGUCGACGUGCAGUUUGUGAGAAUGACCAAGCGGUUCGUCCCCCUGGCGGAACUGAAAAUUCACCACCAGAGGCACAAAGCAUCUGGAGGGCCCCUGAAAGAGAUGACUCUUUUCACAAGGCAGAGGCUCUCUGUCCAGCCCUUAACCGACGAGGAAUUUGAGUUUGUUUUGAGCCUUGAAGAGGAAAAGCCGCAGUGAGAGAGGCCUGUGAUGCGCAGAACCUCUAUGGGACUCGCCGAGCUGUUAAAAGAAAAUGUUGCCCAGGAGCAUGUUCAUUAGCCGCCUGAGAAGCUGAAGAGUAGAGUUUUAUAUUCGCUACUGGUUGCCUUAUUCUUCUGAAAGAAGUGGCUUUUUAUUCCAAAAUAUAUUCAUUUGAUGUUG